AGGAGGGUCACCGAAAGUUUCGAAAGAACUUGCAUCCUUCGAGAGGCAAACACCAUGUUGUGGGCGAACACUUUACAUGACAUGAGCCUCGAUAUGGUACUCAGCAAAGCACCCUCCCUUGGCACACCUCCUGGGCCAAUCCCAGAUCUUCACUUUGUGGAGGCCACAGUCGUGAUGAAUUCGAAGCCUGAUUCUGUCAAACCAAAGGAUUGGCAUGGAUUUUGUGCCCUGGUGGAAAGGCUUUUGCCAGAGGAUGACUUUGUCAAAUACGUGUGCAAUGGCACACCUCAGCCUAUUGACUUGGGCUCCGACGAGCAACAUCGUAUUGCGGUGUUCCUAUGCUUCUUGCAACAUAUUCAGUAUCGUUUCACUAAGGAGAAGGCAUUUGUUUCGGAUUACCAAGGUAUUUUUCUCUCGAGACUCUCAGCGAUCCGCGAUUAA